AUGGCCGUUCUUCUUUAUAUAAUUGGCAUUUCAACUGCAUUUCUAUGUGUUCCCCUUUUCCAGAUCAGCCAAAGUUAUUAUCAAGCUCGGCGGAUCGGCUUCCCUGUUGUCAUCAGCCCAAUUGACCUGUCUAGUCGGGUGGUAAGGCUUGCUGGGGACCGUAUCCUGCCCAUAAUCAAAUGGCUUCCAUUCAACCUGGGACAUUUCGUUGGAUUUGGACAUUUCUUCGAGGAUCGAUAUCGGGCACACCAACGGCUGGGUCCAGUAUUCAGUAUUGUCAGUCCUGGACGGAUAACGUUGGUAGUUGCGGAUCCCAAAGUCGCCAAUGAUAUUCUUGUUCGCCGGAAAGACUUCGUUGUAGGUGCUCGAGGAGGUCUUUCUUCUCAGAAAUUCCCCAGAUCUCCUGGGAUUGCUCUCCACAGACUGCCUACUGACCCUCCAGCCCAGAAAUCCAAAUCGGUUUUCAAAACUCUUGAAAUCUUUGGCCCAAAUGUCGACACUUUGAACGGGGAAGCCUGGCAGCGACACCGACGCCUCACUACCCCUCCCUUCAACGAACGCAACUCCAAUCUAGUCUGGCGCGCAUCCAUCUUCCAAGCGUCGGGUAUGCUGCAAUCCUGGCUCUCUGCCGGUGGUUCAGGGGUGACCAAGACCCCCAGCGAUGUCAUGACUUUAGCCUUGCACGUAUUGACAGCUGCCGUGUUCGGAAAGACGCACGAAUACGAAGGCGGCUUGACCAAGCUGAGUGACAAUCACACAACCUCGUACAAGGAUUCUCUCCGGAUAAUUCUCAGCAAUAUCUUUUUGUCGUAUAUUGUAAAAGCAAACCUUGCUCCAACCUACAUGCCUAAGAGCAUGGUAGAGGAGGUGGGGAAUGCGUUGGAGGAGUUCCAGCAGUAUAUGGAAGAGAUGGUUGAAGAAGAGAAGACGAAAACCACUGAUAGCACCAAAGAUACCAGGACUCUGAUUAGUGCUCUGGUUCGCGCGUCCGAGUCGGAAAAGCAAGGUGGAGGGCGAACAGGUUUGACGGAUAAAGAGAUGUAUGGAAAUUUGUUCAUAUACAAUCUUGCGGGCCAUGAUACGACGGCGAAUACGAUUGCGUAUGCCAUCUAUUUGAUGGCGUCGGAUGAGCGCUGGCAAGCGUGGAUAAGAGAAGAGCUGGAUUCUGUAUUCGGAGACAGGGAUAACGUGAGCGAAGAUGAUUACGAGCGGGCGUUUCCUCAGCUGAAAAGAUGCCUUGCGCUUAUGUACGAGACGCUUCGGCUAUACGGCCCCGUAGUCAUGAUUCCGAAGCAUAUUGAAAAGCCCACAAAGCUCGUGUUCAACGGAACUGAGCAUCUCAUCCCUCAAGAGACAACUGUCAUUGUCAAUGUCACAGCGCUUUGUACGUCCCCUGAGUACUGGGGGCCCGAUACCAUGACGUGGAGGCCAGAUCGCUGGAUCACAAGCAGCGGCCAGAAUGCGGAUCUUCAGACUGAAGAGAUCAAGCAGCCAGCAUCAAAAAAAGCCUUUGUACCAUGGGCCACCGGACCAAGAGUUUGUCCCGGCAAGAAAUUCUCUCAGGUUGAGUUUGUGGCUGUCAUUGCUCUGUUGUUCCGGAAACAUCGUGUAGCACCGGAGAUGAAAGAGGGAGAGUCGAAGGAAGAUGUGAAGAGGAAGGUUUUAGAUACGGUGGAGGACUCGCGAUUGGUGAUGACGUUGCGGAUGAACAAUCCUGAGAGAGUAAAGCUCAUCUGGGAGGCAAUUUGA